CCCCGCCCCUCCUCCCACAGAGCAUCAGAUACUCACCUCGACACAUCUCUCCUCUCUUCUCCUCUCUCUUCUUCUUCACCUCUACAUCAUAGACUUCCCAGAUCUAGACCCCCUCAUACCCCCCAUCGCAAUGUCCGCCUCCCCGCCCUCAGGUAGCGGCGGCGGCAACGACCCACCGAUCGAUGAUGCUCCACUCCCUUCCGCCUCGACUCCCCUCACCCUCUCCUGCGCAUGUCUGAAUGUCAUCGUCGAGGGGCGCGUGCCCGACAUCCUCGCCCAGCGCGCGGCGCGCGGACCAGGUGUGUUCAUCAAGGGCAAGCGCGACCAGCUGUAUCUCCCACCUGGCGCCGAGACCAUUAAACACCCCCAGAUGUCCACAUUUGAGCGCACAACCCCGUUCGACAGGCGACUAAGAGAGGCGACCGAGGAGGCCCUCGAAGCCAAAGUCGACGCACCCGCUCCCGAGGCAUGGCGCAAGUGUUGGGUCUGCGGCGUGCGCGUGUACCUCGCGCGGAACCGCGCACCAUCAGAUCUCGCGCCCAAGGAUGUCUGGGUCGAUGUCGACUUCGCAGACGGCGUGCUUUACGGCGAAGCUCUCGAGAAGAAGCAGGCAGAGCCGCCACUCCCCUUCUCUGGUCUCGUGCUCGACAUUCCAAAAUCCAGUACCUUCGGCCGUCAGCCCUCCUCGUCCGACGGGCCUGUCCCUUACCCCGCCGCGGGAAUCAAGGAGCAGACUCCAGUUCUUCCCCCCGUCCCCGACCCGUUCUUCCUUCCCCCUCCGUUCAUUCCAAGCCAUGCCGUCCUGCGGGAGAUGUGUAAGCUGGCUGUCGAGCGGCUGCACGAGAAGCACGACGAGAUUGACCGCGAUAUCCGCGAAUACAUCUCCAAGCGUGCCAACGACAUGCGCCGCAUCGAAGACCAGGUUCGCGCAGAGGUCGAAGCGCUGUGGGACCGAUAUAGUGAGGGUCCAGGAGCGGGAGAUGAGACGACACGGCGGCGUGGGAGCGGGAGCGUGCCGACGCGCGACCGGUCCGCGUCGCCUGCCGUGCAGCGGCAGAGCUUCGAUGGCGGCGAGCGACGCCCAUCUAUGACUGCGCGGCGGUCUACGAGUCGGACGCGUGACCGCAGCGUCCCGAGAAUUCCCAUCGCGGACUUGGAUGGCCCGUCUGGUGUCGUUCCCGAUCCGCCGGCACCGUUUACUGGGCAGCAUAACGCGCACACGGCUCAGGCCGCUGCGUCUCUGCUCAGCGCGUCGCUGAGUGCCAACGCGUUCCACGCCCCUCCGCAGCGCAUGAAGAAAGAGGCCGACAUUGACGAGCUUGUGAAAGAGUCUGCGCUCGCCGAUCCGGGACUCAGCAAGGAGGUGGCUAUGAGCUACGCUUUCAGCGCAAUGGACGAGCAUGCAGCCGCUCGGGGACGCGGGAGGCGGGAACGCGCGAAGACACUCGAGCGCGCUGCCGAGGCGGCCGAAGAGCAGCAGGAAGAAGAGGAAAAGAAGAUUGACAGCUGGAUCAAUUUGGAGCGGGCAGAUGCUGCGCGUCGUGUCAAGCGUGAGACUUCGGGCAUGACUGCACCCACAACGGUCGCCGAGGCCGAAGCUGAGGUGCGCGAGCGCGAGCACGAAGACGACGAGGAGAAGAAGGAGACCAUUAAUGGCGCGACCAAGGAGCGCAAGUCGCGCGUGCAGUUUGCCGAACCGGAGAAGGGGGACAAGCGGGGUGAAGAGGACGGCCGCGAGCAGAACGGGGAUGAUGAUGAGGAUAUUGGCGUGUUUGACUUUGAUACCGACGCACCACCUUCGGAACCCGCCGUUCUCCCGCCGCAGGACGCGACCCAGCGGCGCAUGCGUAACUGGGUUGAGGAGAACCUAUCGCGGACCUUUGCGGCGAACGCUCCCUCCCACCGCGCGGCUUGGCGGCGGCUGGAGUCCCGUGAGUCGAUGGCGGAUGUCAUCCGUCGCCAUCACGACCAGGCGAGCGAUGACGAGGACGAGGAGUCGGCGCCCGUGGACAGCAUGGCGAGAAGUAUGCCGGUGAAUAUUGUCCUGCCGCAGCGCGACGCGCCGGUACAGUUCAAGACGUCGUUGACGGACCGGGGCGGCGUCGUCGUCCCGCACCUGCUGCACGCCAUGCGGCGGGGGUCAGCACAGCUGAGCUCGAGCGAGGGCGAGGAAGCGACGCCGCCGACGGGCAUCCGCGCCCCGCGCAACUCGAUCGCGAUUGUGGGCAGCCUGCGUGGCGGCACGGCGUACGGUGGCGGCCGGCGGGGAAGCCGGAGCGGCGACCGCGAGCGCGAAGCCGCGAAGGCGUACGGCGCGGAUCCGGGCGCUGUGUUCGAGGCGCUCGCCGAGGUGGCCGUCGACAGCGAAGAGGAGGACAGCGACCAGUUCGUUCCGCCCCACGUCCUUGCAGCGCGCCGAGACGAGCGGCCCGAGCCGGGGUGGCGCAGCCUCGCAACGUCUUGAGGCCUUGAGGUAGCAAGUAAGUAAAUCAUUGUAUUGCAUGAAGGUUGUGAUAUAAGCUGUAGCGCGCACUGUGCUCUGUGUGAAUGGAUUUCAUCGCAGCCUCGAU